AUGCCAACUUUCACGGUGAAGCCUUUGCCUCAGGAAGCAGGCAAAAAGACAAACUUCGGGGCCAUUGUCGAUGGUAUGGAACCGGGAAACAUUGAUGGCAACCUGGACUUGAAGGCACUUCGCGAUACAAUCUGGGCCAAUAAAGUGAUUGUUGUGAAAGGGCAGAAAGAUCUCCUGCCAAUCCAGCAAUGGGAACUUGUAACUCGCUUUGAUCCUGACGCACCACAAGUCCAUUCUCAUGGUGAUGUUAAGACGUUUAACAAGAAUGGUGGCAUACUGUCUGCGAGUCGAGAGGUCCUUGGUAUACCAGGCGCUGAGAACGUACGUCUGAUCGGCAAAUGUUACCAAGGCGCAGAUCACUACGGUAUCAAGGAUCGAACCAUCACAAAGCCAUUGACUCAUGACUGGCAUGCGACAAAGCUAUUCGAUGACGAUUUCGAGAACGGCCACACACGCUUCCAACGAUGGCACAUGGAUGCCCCUCUAUAUGAACGAGAUCCUGCCUGGUUUACCACUCUUCGCUGCAUCAAACGCCCGACGAGUCCCACACUGGCCAUUCACUGGGACGACGGCUCCGGUCUCAAAAUAGAUACCGAACCCGGCCUCACUGCCUUCUUCAGGAAUAAGGCUAUAGCCGACCACAGUUGGGUCGAGUAUGCGCCAUAUCCCUACAAAUGGAUGGGAAAGUGUCGCGGAAACCCUAAUGGCUUGGACGUUGCCUCAGAAGGGCUUGAGGCGAGUGCUGAAGAUCUGGGCGAAUGGAAGGACGAGCAUGUAAAGCGAUACCCCAUGGUCUGGCUGAAUCCAGUCACGGGCGAAAAGGCUUUCCAAGUUAUCGAUGAUGUCGUCAAAAUCAGAGCGUGGGUGAAGGCUAUUCAGGGCCGCAUCCUUCGCCCAGAGUAUAUUAUGCUGCCAAAGGUUGAAGAAGGCGACGUGAUCAUAUGGGCUGAUUGGCAAUGCUUCCAUUCUGCCAUCGACUACCCGUCAAAGUAUGGUCCUCGGACUAUGCAUCAAGCCAACAUCGGUGCCUUCUUGGCGCCUAUUGGCCCUGUCCCCGUUCCUGCUAAUUAG